UUGCUCUUUUUAAAAAAUAAAAUUGAAAUAUCAAUACUAUAUGAAUUGAAAAAUACUUAAUUCCCACUGAAUAAGUGAUCAAGUUGGAUAUUUUUAAAUUUCCCCAAGAGUUACCUGUCAAUGGUGUAACAAAAAUAAUAAAUCGUUUUUCCAUUUAGUUCGGAAAACUAAAUAGCAUUUAAUUUGUAUUAUUUAUGGUUAGUUUAAGUAUAUUUAUUUUCAUGCCAGCUUGGUGUUUUUGGGCCUCUUGAUGGUGCAGCAGCUUAAACCGCUCUGAACAAUAUUAUCGUUUAUCACGAUAACUUCUGGGACAGUUUAUCGUGCAGCAGUAUUUGUUAUCGUGACAGGCCUGCUGCUGAAGGCGCCCACCGCCUCCGAGCCUCACUGCGGCUGCUGGCGCGCUGACAAUGACUUGAAUGCUGAUGUUCGUGGAGAUCAACAAAGGAGACAAGGAGAGAGGAGAUGAAACGCUUCCUGAGCGCUGAGGAGAAUGGAGAGCCGCUGACAGACUGCAGGGAGCUGUCACACAGCCUCACCGCCUCCUCCUCUUCCUCCUCCUCCUCCUCAGCCCACAGACACGCGGCCCUGUCCUCCCUCCAGACCCGGGGACCAGGCGGCGGGUCGGAGCCGAGGAGAUCCGCGCAGAAACGCAGCCGAGGCGGCCAGGAAGGACGAGCGGACCCGGAGGAGGCUGCGGCGGCGGAUCAUCCAGCGGCUCCGGGGGUCGUCGUUCAGCGGCGGCUGCAGCCUCAAGGACGCGGCGUCGGAGGAGCGGAAGGUGUGGAGAUGAUUUCAACGGCCGGAAGGGAUGCGGACGGGAACAAUAACAGCAGCAGCAUCUCUGAGCCUCCUGCGGGCAAAGUCAAGGAGGAGCGGAAGGGGAAGAACCUGAUCCGGGGCUGGAAGAGGGACCGGGACGCCGCCGCUCCUCCCGCCCGGAUCAGGAAGGAGAAGCCCGGCGACGAUGGCGCGUCUCCUCCGCCUGCCGUCUUCCUGCCGGAGCAUCACCUGGGACCCGGAACCGACUCCCGGAUCCCCGCGGGAGACAGCAGCACCAUCACCGGAGGCUCCGGGAAAACAGCGGCGGACUGUGGAGUAAAGAGCGGCGGAGGAGCUAUUGUUGUCCGGCGGCUGCACGACGAGCCUCCGGCGGCCAAGAAGCACAGAGGAGCCGAGAAGAUGGACCCCAUGUUCACAGUCCCAGCCCCCCCGGCUCCAGGCCACCCCGGGGCCCCCGGAUCCUCCCUGCCCUCGGUCCCCUCGUUCUCCGCUCCGGCCCUGCCCACUUCCAACCCCAAGCCGCUAACGGUCCGGACGCGGUCCGUCGGCACCAACACGCAGGACGGAGGCGCUCCGGGCCCAGCGGACGGGGACCCGGCCUUCAUGGGGCCCUGUCAGCCCGGAACCAGCGUCAACCUGGAGGGAAUCGUCUGGCACGAGACGGAAGAAGGUGUGCUGGUGGUGAACGUUACCUGGAGGAAGAGAACCUACGUGGGAACUCUGCUGGACUGCACCAAACACGACUGGGCUCCUCCAAGGUUUUGUGAGUCUCCUUGCAGUGAUCCAGAAUUCCCCGGCGGCCGUGGACGAGGGAAAAGAAUGAGAAUGGCCAUGUCUGAGCGGCCCUGCAUAGAGCCGUCCCACGCCACUAAAGUCAGAGGUCUUCCUCACCACCGGAGCCGAGGAGGCGGCGUAGCGGGAUCCAUCCACAGCAAAGGACGGAGGGGCAGCCUGAACCUCAUCAACAGCAACGGCAGAGCACCUCCUUCCUUCUUCACGGUCGAUGAUGUGAAAGCCACCAACGUAACCUCCUCUAUCCCUGCCGGGAAGCGAAAGAACAAACCACCAGCCGACUUGGACCUUAGUCUUGUUUCCUCGGACGACAUUGCUCAGAGGAAGCCUGAACUGGGUCCCUCAAAGGAUGGAGACAGUGAGGAUCGACUAUCAGACUGUGAGGACAACAUUGGCAACUUGACGUAUGAGCCCCCAGAGAACAGCACAAACACUCACAGCUCCUCCAAGAAACCCACUCCUCUCUACAAGGUGACUACGGUGGGGUCACCUAAGAAAGUAGUUUUAGAGAACUGCAUGAUCCCAGACAGAAGCACAUCUGUAGAGAUGCCGAAACUGGAAGCAGAAGGACUGAUUGAUAAAAAGGGAGGAGCAUCUGAUAAAGGUAAGAAAGCCAAUGGGAAGGUGGAAAAACUGUCCAAGUCCAGGACUAACCGUCCAAUCGCUCCAGCUCCAGCUCCACCAAAACUGAUUGCCAUACCCAACACGACAUAUCCGACCAGCACAGCUGAUGUUGCACCCCCACAACAGUCGUCCCCGGUGGCUGCCAUUGGCCUCACUAGUAAAACGGACAAACAUAACAAAGAACCAGCAAACAGAACUCCCAAUGGUGACAGUACUGUGAUCAAAGUGGAAGACGUUGGAAUUGGACCUAAAGGUGGCAUUAAGGAAAUAUCCGGAAGUCUUCUGAAGGAGCACCUUAGCAAACAGGAUGUGAUGAACGGACUCUCAGAGAGCCAGGAGAGCAGGAUGGCCAGCAUCCGUGCAGAGGCUGAUAAGGUCUACACUUUCACAGACAAUGCCCCCAGUCCGUCUAUCGGUGGAUCGUCGAGACUCGAUUCAAGUCUAGCAGCAGACGGAGGCAGUAAGAACGACAGCCCUGCCUACUCCGAUAUCUCAGAUGCCGGGGAUGAUGGCGGGUCUUCUGAGUGUCGCUCAGAUGGACUCAGGUCCAAGUCCAGCUCCUCGUCUUCCGUGAUGCCCGACAGGCAGAGCGGCGGGGCUGUUGCUUUCCAUAAAAACUCUCCUCACGACAGCAAAGGGAAAGAUAGGAAAGAGGACAUUAAAGACGACGACAAAAAUUCCUCCCACGACUUCUCAGAUUCUAAGAAAGGUGACGGGCCUCCUCAGUCUCAGCUCCAGUUGGCGAUGAGUCAGACCCAGACGGCUUUGGCCCAAUCCCUGUACUAUGGCCAGUACUCCAGAGGUCUGUACAUGGACCAGAAACUUUUACUGGCCUCCAAAUGCUGUGACCAGACCCUCACUGCCAAGCAAAGGGGACAGGGGUUGAGGGACACUGAGGAUGUUAAACAUAUGGUUGGGGUUUCAGCCAGUGGGGUCUUGCUAGGUAAAGGCCCGGAUGGUGCUAAAGGUUGCUGUGCCAAACCGGUUCUUUCCUAUAUGGAGAUGAGUGAAAGGGGAGAAAGGGGGCAGAGUCUGGGAGUAAAGGUGGUGCACAGUGGCAUAGUGGACCAGCACCAGGUCUCAAUGAAAGACUGUGAUGACAUCAAGUCACCUUCCUCUUCCUCCUCUUCUUCAUCCCUCCACAAUCCAAACAGUCAGACAGAUCUGGACUCAAAUGUUUCGUUUUCCAGUUCCCCAGACGGCCCCACCUGGGCGCACCGCCUCGCGCUCAGCAAAUAUUCAGAGCUUCAGAGUCAGCAUGAGGAGAAUGUCGAGGAGGGGGAAGCGGGCAGUGGGAAGGAGUGGGGCGCUACCGUGGAGCCUGCUGGGGCCAAGAUGACCUCAGGUGGCCUAGAUGCUAAAAAACCCAGAGCUCACGGGCUCCAGGACUUCCCGCCCGUCACUGACACAGAGGAUUCAGACCGACAGGAGGGGCUGGAGGACCAGGACCAGGAACCCAGUGGAGGGCUGUCAGAGGAGUCUCACAGUACCAGGGCGGCAGUGUCUCCUCCCAUGACCCCCCAGCAGCCCUACAUCCAGUACCAGCAUGCCUCCUACUCUCCCUACCUGGCGAUGUGUGAGGGCAGCGGGGGCUCCUACAGGGGCGUGUCCCCAACGCUGGUCCACAAUUACCCAGGUUUCCACUAUCCUCUGUAUGGAAAGACGGCAGGCAGAGAGGAGUCGGAGGUGACUCCGCCCGGCAGAGGAGAACCGGCCAGCAGCAAGCUCAUCGGUGACUCUUCGUCCUCCUCCUCUUCCUCCGUGGAGCUGCUGCAGCAGCCCAGCCAUCAUUUCCAUGGAAAAUCCCCUGCUCCUGGUGAGAAGGGUUCGCCUGAGGAAGACAGAGACAUCGAGCGGGAGAGGAGCCACUUGUCGUUUGCUCGACAUCUCCACACACACCAUCACACACACCUGGGUAUGAGCUACAACCUGAUGUCCGGGCAAUUUGAUAUCUACCAAGGUCUGAGCUCCAGGUCGCUGGUCUCCAGUCAGCAGGUGUCGGGUCAUUCCUCAGCAGACAGCGAAGGGAAGAAGUAGAACCAUGUGACCGCGUCUCACAUGAGGAACGGCAGAUUUAUCAGACAUCAAUUCCUUGGUGUGGAAUAAGCUUCGCCUCGCUGAGAGGCAGGAAACAAACAAACAGAAAAACCUCUUUCAUUUCGUACUGAUGACAUCCACCGGUUUUAGAACAGAGGAGCAGAUGAAGCGGCGGGGGACAGAUCGCAGGAAUGAGACUUUCUUUUUUUUUCUUUUUUUAAAAAGCGGGACUUCUUGUAAAAAGCGAGAUGUCAUCGAAUUGAAAUGUUGUGUUUAAGAUGACGUCCUAGAGCCCUGUGCACUCAGCUUUACCUCUGCUGUUGUGUUUAACUUUAUAAAAUGCACAUUUAUUGUAGUGUAAUAUACUGACGAUAUGACUGAAUGUAAAGGUAAUAACUCAAACUCACUGUUCUUUUCUUAAAGCCCCAUUGGGACAAAAACAGCAUUAGGAAGCUAAAAGUGUAUAAUUAUUGUUCUCAUUCUGAUUAUUGAAGUGGUCCUCCCUCCUUCAUAGUGCUGACGCUACAUUUGUAUAACUAACCUGUACUUGAGUGUAACCAUGUUGAUUGUAUUGUCUUUAUGUGGGAGUAAAACCUUCACUUCGACCUACCCAGUGCCAUUUACCAACCCCAGUAAAUAUAUUCUGUACAGAUUUAUAGCAGAGCACCAACAUGCUCACUCUGUUGAUCACCAUGCAGGGGGCAAAGCAGGCGCACCCGACAGGAAGUAGAACCACUAGCCUGUUUACUUCCCUCAUCAGCUCAGUUUCUGUUACAUAUUUUAUCAAAACCUUUGUUUCAAGCAAAACCUCAUGUUUAUACACACAUAUUCACAAUUAAGUUCAGAUGAAAAAGCAUUUAAUCUGAAAGAAAAAAAAUUGUACUGAUUUAUCAAAACAUCAAAUAUCAAAUUUAAGUUUUUUUUUAAACUUGUGCUUUGAUGCAUAGUAGUUCAAAUUUAAGCUAACAUCAUAAAAUGUUUCAACUUCUAGCCUGAGUGCUAGCUGUUCUUGCUAAUAUGACAUGGCAGUGAUGAUUUUUGCUGAAAUAAAUACGUUAGUUCAACAGGAAGCUAAAGGAACAACAUAUUUGCUGUAAUUUAAAUUAAAAUGACGUCAGCAAUAUUUUUAGGAGAAGUUGGGUUGGGUUGUUUCAAAAUCUACAGGUCCCACCGGCAGAGCUGUAUUAGCUCACCUGUUAGCAUAGCUGGUAGCAUGUUAGCUGUGUGAUUUUUUUUUGUUACAUUAAAAUAUGUUAAAAUAAUAAUAGAAACUAUACAUUUUAUUCAUCAUAUUUGUUUAAAUGUUUGUUUUUAUGUUAGUAUCUCUGAACAAAACAAAGGGAGUAACUUGAUUUGGCUAGCUAUUAGCUUGUAAGCCAAAGGUGUUAGCUAACAUGAUUACUUUGGACUCUAUGUAUAUUUUCAAAGAAACAUUUAAAUUUCACAGGAGGUUGACAGUUUGAUAUUUAGGUGCUUUCUGCAGCUAAAACUAAUCAUAAAAGAAAAAUAUCAACAGCUAAUUAAAGCUAGUUAUGCUACAUACAGUAAAUUAGCCACAACAACACAGAUCAGCAGGUGCUAAUUACAGUUACACAUUAUUUCUCUUUGAUUUAAACAAAAAGCCAUUAUUUCAACUAAAUAAAAAAUAACAUUCCCAUUUUGCGCUCAGUGUUUUAAGAAAUGUAAUGUUUUGUAAUAAAUGUUAUAAAAAGGAUUACAUUUAAUUAAUUCAGUUAAGUUGGAUUCAGUUUACACCGUGCCAAAUCACAAUAAAUAUUGUCUUAUGGUACUUUAUGUAAAAACCAGCAGGCCCAAUUCAAAUCUAAUUACUUUUAUUUCAGUUGCACUUUUGUUCAUGUUUGUUUCUAAACAAUUAUGGUCCAAAAAGUCAGAUUGCCAUUUUUAUUAAUUCAUAAACUUUCUUCAACAUCAGUAAUGUUAAAUGAUGAUAAUAAUAAAAUUAGAUUAGAUAAAUCAAAAUUGUCCUUCACAAGACAGGCAACAAGAAAAGAAACAUUUCCCUUUUUCAGAUAAAACAUUAUAAUUUGUAAACUAUAAAAUCCUAGUUUAUCUUAAUUUCCAGUUUUUUGAUCUAAAUAAGUUUUUGUUGUUAUCAUUUCUUCCUGACAUUACAUGCUGUGUUUUAGUAUCACAGAUGUGGACAAAAUGUAGCCCAAACAUUAAGUUUUAACCUCAAUAUAAAGUUUAUAAAAAUAAAAUAAAAGUCAGUGUUAAACUGAUAUGUUUACAAACAGAUCAGGGCAUUUUCCUUUUGGUAAACUAGGAAUUAUUUUGACCAAAAACCAAAAAUGUCACUUCGUUGUUUGUUACAAGACAGAGUUUAAUGCUUCGAUAUCUUGUUUCUAUAAAUGUGUAAAUUGUUUGUUAGAACAUUUACAUGCAGCAGGACUGUAUUUUUCCAGCUCAUGAAGAAGAGUUUUUAAAAACAUCUUGUUUUGAUUUUUUUUUUCUUGCUUGCAGAUUAACCUCAGCAGGUUUGGAGAUGUUUCAUUUUCUUUACUUAUUAAGUGAUAAUUAGCAUGUUAUAGAACAUAAUAACUAACUUAAUAUCAGAUGAUGGUAAAUGGAUGCACAAAGUAACUAUGAUACACAUUUGUGUCGUUAAUGAGUGUGGUGGAUGUUUUGCCCAUUUUCUGCUCCCAGCAGAGCCUCUGAAAAACACAGUCAGCUUUUACCUCUGGUGUUGUAACACUGCCAAACCUUCAAGAUAAUUUUAUCUGACCAAGUUGGUCUACAAUUAUUUUGCUUAAAAAAGCCUAAAUGACAUGGCUGAUCAUAAGUCUUGUCAUUUAAAACAUCUGGAUUAAACUUUUUAUGAAAUAUUUGGCCAGUAGCUGGUUUAAAUCUCCUGCUGGGCGACUGUAAACACAACGUUAGCUCGCUGACAGCUCACUGUUUUUGCAGCACUUUGAUCCUUGCGGAUCUCCAAACUCGAGGGACAUACCGAAUGUUAUUUUAAACUAACAUUUAAAAAAUUACGUUCAUGCAUUUACAAACAGCAACAAUGUUAAAACAGCAGAAAGAGGCUGAGAACAAGAAGCCCGAAGCCCCAAAAUUUCUAUCAGCGGCUCUGCCUCACCAACACAACACCUUACCUUCAUAGUUUCAGUGCUCAUUUUAUUACUUGAAUUUAGCGCGAUGGACUCUGUUUACAAACUUCAAUCUACUUUUUGGAGACACUACUGUUGUCUCAUAGAGGCUGCUUGUUCUGUUCAGUUCAUCCGCCUGGUUUAACCAGUAAAUAACGCUCAGAAACUGUAUAAACAUAAGUCCUGCUGUUGCUUUUUUAUACUGUAUAUGCCUUAAUUCAUAUGGUUGGCAAUCAUGAUUAAAGGAUGUUUAUAUA